AUUAUACUUGUUUCUGUGUAAAUUUUUCGUGAAAAAGUUUACUGUAAUGUACAGAAAACAUAUGAAAUUCCUGUCGUGUCGGUAUUAUUGAAUUUAUGUAGAAAUGAGUUCAAUUAGUUUAUGUUCACAGCUUGUUUUGUUCUUUAGUUAAGUUAAUCAUUACUAUCAGUUCUUAAGUCAUGUUGUAAACAUUCCUUAGUUUUUGUUAGUUUGUGGAUUAAUCCUUGGUUUGCCUAUCUGAGAGUGUGUUUACACAAGAAGGGCUAGUAACACACUCUUUAUUAUUGGUUAAUUUAUUGUAAAUUACAAAAUCACAAGUGAGACUGAAGUGGGAUCUGCAAAUUUUUGUGAUUUCCCAAAAAUUUCAACCAAUAGCAGGGAGUGUGUUCGAAAAAUGUGUUAGAGAGUGUGUUGUUAGAAUUUCUUGUGUUGACAUGCACACAAAAAAAUCAAGUGUGGGGAUUGGAGUUACGUGGAUGAAGAAUGUGAUUGAUCUUUGAUGUAAUGACAUGUAUAAGAAUCGGUUGCAAGAAUUGGCUCAAAGAAGCUGUUUUAAUUUGCCAGCCUAUUCAUGUAUUCGGGAAGGACCAGAUCAUGCUCCACGCUUUAAAGCAACUGUCAACUUUAAUGGGGAGACCUUUGAAAGCCCUACAUUCUGCUCUACUCUUAGACAGGCUGAACAUGCAGCAGCUGAGGUGGCUCUUAACACUCUUGCAAAAAGAGGUCCCUCUAGAGCUUUGGCUGCAAGAGUUCUGGAUGAAACAGGAGUAUACAAGAAUUUGCUGCAGGAAACUGCGCAUAGAGCUGGACUGAAUCUUCCUGUUUAUACAACCAUUCGCUCUGGACCAGGUCAUGGUCCUAACUUCUCAUGUACAGUCGAGAUUGCAGAAAUGCAUUUUACUGGAGACCCCGCUAGGACCAAGAAACAGGCUCAGAAAAAUGCUGCAAUGGCUGCUUGGUCUGCAUUGAGAAAAUUUUCAGAGGAUAGUUUAUCUUCAACUUCAUCCUCACUUACUCCAGAGUGUAAAGGCGAAGAACAAGAACAAGUCAUCAUUGCUCGAGUCCUUGCGAGUUUACACUCUGCUUCAAAUAAAUUUUCCAAAAGUGAUAAUCAACAUGGAUGGCAAAAGUCUGCUACGUCUUCUUUGGUGUCAAUCCAGUCAAAUGCAGACAUGUAUCCGAUGCAAUGCCAGCAUUGUGGAAUCUCUAGUUUAUCACCGGAGGUGGCUCUAUAUCAGAUGUGGCAGCAAGAACAAAUUAUGCAGCAACAAAAUCGUCUAUUGGCACUAACCAUUCAACCAAUUAUUCCAUCAGCUCCACAGAUUUAUCCGUCUGUGUUCCAGCCAGAUCACUGCCUUUACUUUCCAGCUAGAGAGUUAGCAUCAGUUCCUGUAGGACCAAAAUUCUCUAUUGCUACAUCAACCCCUUCAUUUUACUUAUCAAACCAAAUUGUUCCCGAGUUAAAUACUGGCAGGUCAACACUAACCAUCAGAGAGAUACAAGAAGAAAAAACAGAAGAUACUCCGGUUUGCACAUUUAGCAAUGAAUCAAGAGUCCUAACACCAGCUCCAGAGGAUGAGAGACAGAAGCAAGGUGAAGGCUCUGGAAGCAGAGGUAGAAAUGCUGAGCUGGGAGGAGAACAAUGUGAGAAAUCUGAAUGGGAUUCUCAUUGGAGCAUGGGAUCUGUACACAGACCAGUUAACACUGAGCUGCAAAACCCAUCCAGUAUUGGCUCAUCUAUUCUCAGAUCACAUUCACAAGUAAGUUCCAACAGAAGUUUUAGACCACCAGCUGCUUCAUCAUCUUCCAUUGUGAGAACAAUGUGCCCUACUUCAUAUGUGGGUUCAAGACCACAACAUGGGGAGGUACCUCUGGCUGUUGCUUCAAGGUUGAGAACUGGAAUCCCACGAAAUCCGGGAAUACCUACCUCUGAAAGGUUUAGCAUGAUAAGAGCACCUGCUCCUCUAUUUAUGGCACCAGCUGUGAGAAUCAGAUCAGUGGUUCCAGUCUGCUCAGCUCCUCCAAGGAGAUCCAUGGCAGAGGCAUCCAAAAGCAAGGAAAAAGAGGAUUUAAAACCUGAAGACAGAGAGGUGUCAAGAACUAGCUCUGAGCUUGGCCAUCUUAGAAUAUGAGUGAUUAUACAUACUAGAGAUUAAGAAGUCUAGUGGUUUCUUUCCAAAUAACAAGGUGCCUUUGCAUGUAUUUUGCUGGAAAGAAUAGGCUUCUCCGUGAUAAUUUUAUGUCAAACAAUAAAUUUGAAAUACAGAAAUAGAUAUAAAUAUGGCAUAAAAUUUUAUUGAAUGU